AUGGGCGAGGAUGAGAGUAGUGAUCGAGAGGCGGUGGAGGCGGAGGCUCUGCCGCAUUCUCAGGCAGCGAGGGAUGUCUCUGCUGCCUUCAAGUGCAAAGAGGCUAUCGUCCAGUUUUGCAGGGGGAAUUUUCAGCGCUUCGCGAUACAAGGGUGGAACACGGUUGUAUACAUAGUCGGAUCUCGAUAUCUGCAACCCUGUGGUGAUUGCGAAUGA